AUAAUAUCUAUUAAUUCGUCGAUUUAUACAGGGUGUUCAAUAAAAAGCAUUCAAUAUUUAUAUGGUAGAUAGGGCAUACUGUGUUGAGUAAAAAAGUUCUAAUAAACAUAGGUCGAUAGGUCAACCGUUUCCGAGAUAUAAACGUUUUUAUUUGCUAUUAUCAUGAUUGACUUUCUACCUAAUUGCCGUUAUUUACAAAAGAUUUUCUACGAGUCCACCAUCCAUUUCUACACACGCUUGGCAUCUUCUUUUUAAAGAGUCGCGAACUCUCUCGAAAAUUUUUGUCGAAUUAUUUGACAAGUAUGGUGGAUUCGGUUACGUAAUUCUUCUACGUUGUUUAUUGGCGAGGAAUACACUUGGCUUUUUAAAUAACCCCAUAAAAAAAAGUCAAAAGGGUUUAAAUCGGGGGAUUAAGGAGGCCAUGCAACUGGUCCACCACGUCCAAUCCACCUUUGACCGAACACCGUGUUUAAAUGCUUUCUCACAUUGCGUAAAAAAUAAGGUGGUGCUCCAUCAUGCAUGUACCACAUCGAUAAUCUUUCUGCCAAAGGCAUAUCAUCCAAGUACUGAGGUAAUGUAUUGACCAAGAAGUUGAAAUAAUCAGCACCUGAAAGCUGAUUUGGGAGUAUUACAGGGCCAAGGAGGUGAUCUACAAUACCUAUCCAAACAUUUAACGAAAAAUGGUGUUGGUGAUUCGUUUCAAUAAGUGCAUGAGGAUUUUCUUUUGCCCAUACAUGAUUAUUAUGGACAUUUGUUAUUCCAUUUCGUGUAAAUGCAACUUCGUCGGUAAAUAAAAUGCAAGAUAAAAAAUUGGGUUGCAAAGCACAUUUUGUGAGUAGCCACUGAGAAAAUUCUAUUCUUGCUUGACAGUCCAGUAGAGUGAGGACUUGUACUCAUUGGAUGUGGUAUGGGUACAGUAACUGCUCAUGAAACGUUCUCCAAACCAAAGUACUAUCGAUUCCUGUGGCAUCAGAUAUCCUUCUUACACUGGUUCCGGGAUUUUCCUCUAUAAUCCUUAAAAUACGAUUCUCUGCAUUGGCAGAGUUUCGAUAGCAAGAUUUAAAUGAGUCGGAUUCACAAAGUAGUUAGUGAAGUUUUUGAAAGAGUGUAUGAGAAGGAACCCUUCGAUUAGGAAAUUUUUCCGCGUAAAGACGUUUUACCGCUAAAGCACUUUCAUUGGCACUACCAUACAUAAAAUGCAUGUCUGCCAUUUCUUCGUUUGAAUAAUAUGCCGACAUUUCAAUGAAACUUCGUAACUAUCUAACAGCUACAAUUGCUGAUCCACGAUUAAUCUCAGAACGCGAUUUAUAAACACUGCAGUAAAUAACGCAUGCGAUGGAAGCAAGUAAGUCAAUCAUGAUACUAAUAAACAAAAAUGUUUAUAUCUCGGAAACGAUUGACCUUUCGAUGUUUACUAGAACUUUUUUACUCAACACAGUGUGAUCUAUCUACAUAUAAAUAUUGCAUGCUUUUUUUGAACACCCUGUAUAUUGCUGAUACACGUAUAAAUAUUUAGGAGCAUAGAAGAAACGUGUAAUCGCAAUCAAAUGUGAUGGAAAUAAAAAGUGGGCAAAUUAUAGUACGAUGAGGCUAUUAAAGUAAUGUCAAAAUAAAAAUGGCUAAAUUAUAAUUAAUUAAUAAAUGACCAAUCAUAAUUUUAUGAACUUUUGUUUUCCCCAAAUCGUAAAUUUUUGUGUAUUUCUUUACAUCAAAGUAUGCUGUGACACUUUAUUUGUUUGAUUGAAAUUGAGCGCAUGAAGUGCUCAAUACCGUAACAUUAGGGACCCAAAAGGGGUACCACACUCUUCCCGAAUCUAGGAUUAUAAAAACGUAUAAAUAUUGUAAUAUGGGAACUAGCUAUCCAUAUUUGUUCAUUAUAAUCAAACUACUUAUAUUUAGAAGAAUAUUGUAAGAGAAUCAAAUAAUAAAUUACAAGUUAUUAAUGUAAGAUGAUUUGUUAAAGUUUUAGAAUUUUGUAAUAAGUAUAUCCGGACAAUUAUUCCAAUAUAAUCUAAAAAAUUUUAAUGAGAAAUAUAAGUAAAUUUACAGAAAUGAACAUUUAGAUUUAUUCAUUAUUUAUAAUUAAUUUGCAAUUAUUAUUCUUAAAUUAAGACCAACGAAAUGCCCCUUGGCUCCUUAAUAAUUAACUUAUGUUAAAUAUUUCCUUAGAUGCUAAUACAAUGAAAGACAGAUCCAACGCAUUAAUUUUAAAAAAUUUAUGAUAAAUUUGACAUACCAUGAACCAAUGUUUCUAUAUUACACUGCAUAGAUUAUUAGUGGAGAUACAUAAGCAAUAAACAUAAAAUUAAAUAUUAAGAAAUGUCUUUUUACAAAAUUUUAGAUUUUGUAUAUUGGUAUUACAUUUGAAUCUUGACCAAUCAAUUUUGAAUGUUUAUUUCGUGUUUAACCAAUGAUAUUAGUACAUUCAUAUGUACGCGUCGGGUUUUUCUUCUUCUAUACACAUUACUGUUCAGUGUAGUAAAACACCGGGCAAAUUAACUGUUGGUAUAGGGAUACGAAAGAAACCGUUAAAAGACUUGAAUAUUUGUAAUUCGUUGAAUAUACUUUAAUUAAAGAAUUACUAAAAUAAAUUAAUUAUGGGUAAUUAUAUUAGCAGAAUUUUGUCACAUGAUAGUGAAGAAAAACAUAAUGUAGAAAUAGCUGAAACUGCGGAACAAUCAAAUUUAGAUAAAGAGUGUGAUUAUUCAAGUACAAAUCAACAAUUGUUGACAGAUCCCAGAUCAAUUACUACUGAAAUAUAUAGAACGCCAAUAAAGAUUAAUCCUACAUCACCUAAUAAUACAAGAAUGAUAGUUGAUGUAUUAACAAAAAAUAUGAAGAAACCGUAUUUAGAAACUAAUUUUGAUUCAACGAUGUCACCUUCGACAUUAAAUAACUAUCUUGAUCCAAGAUCACCAAUUGUUAAUCAGCCCAGAACACCAAUUUCGGUUGAUAACUUAUUAUCUUGCAAAACACCAACUCUUGGGAUUAAAAAUAAUACAGAAACAUUACCAUUAGCUAACUUGAAACAUAUUGAAAGUUUCAACUAUGAUCCAAGAUCUCCAUCUACAGAUUUUAAUAGAACACCAAUUAAUAUAGAAAUAACAAAGAAAUAUUUACAAACAGAAUCUGAAGAAAAUGAAGAAGGCUUGUGUAGUAAAACAAAUAAUCAUCCAAGAUAUUUGUUUUGCGAAACAACAUCGUCUGAUACACCUGAAAUAUUAGCAGUAGUGGAUGAAACAUGCGAAGCUAUUAAAUCUUUGCAAUUUAAUCAUUCUGAUAGUGAAACAAAAUUACGUGUAAGUGAUAAUGUUAAUCAUAUGAAUAACGAAAAUGUCAAUAAUCAUAUUACUUAUAAUACGAAAAACUCACAAAAUAGAGAUCUUACAAGUAUAAACAGGAUUAAAAUAUGGAAAGAUUCAGAGUUAUCUGAAAAUUUAGAGCAGUUUGAGAUUAAUGAAAAUAAUGAUAAAGAAAAUGAUGAAGAAAAAUUUUCAUGUCCAUCUAAAGAAGAAAUUGAAGUUAUAUUUGAUGAUGAUGAUAAUAUAAUAAAAAGAAAUAAAUCAAUAUCUGAACAACUUACAAUUACAACUGAAGAUGAAAUUAAAGAUGUACAAGAUACAUCGGGUGAUAAAAAAAAAGUAAAAACAAGUAAAAAAACUCCUAUAUUAUAUAAUAAAAAUAUAAAUAAAAUUUCAAAGAAACGAACACCUCUUGGAAACAGGUGUAAUAAUGCUCAAUUAGAUACAGUAUUGACUAAUUCCCCUCAAAAUGUAUUACAAAAGAAAAAUUGCAAUAAUUUGAUACAAUGUGAAAAUACACCACCUCAUAAAAAAUCUUAUGAUAAGUCAAAAUAUAAUGGAAUUAAAUGGGAUAUUAAUUCAACAGUUAUUAUUUAAAUAAUUAUUUAUAAAUAUAAAAUAAACUGUAAUCAAUUUUGAUUAAUGAUAUUGUCAAACA